AUGUCAGCGAAUCCACACCUUUUCCCAAGAAUUAAAGAGGAAGAAGACAUGGAUUCCUCUUACACGGAGAACUCUGGUCAAGAGCUGUCUACUUACUCUGAUGUCUUUGACCAUAUCAAAACUGAAGAUUCCAGCAAUUCAUAUGGAUCUGUGAGGGAGGAGGGAGACAAGAUGCAAGGGGAUUUGAUAUAUAACCCGGACACUUUGCUUUGGAUUAAGCGAGUUGAUGAAGCUGAAAUGACAACUGAUGAUGACUCAGAAGCAAAAGAGCCACAGGUUGAUGUGCUACCCAGCAGGGAAGGAUACCUGAAAACGGGAACUACAAGUAGUAUCACCGAUAAGGAAGUGAGAAGACGCCCUCGAUUUUCAGCCUCAGAAGAAUUUGUUCUGGUGACUGAAUUGUUAGAACACUACGACAGACUUUUUGGGGAAAGAGCCAGAAUUACCCCAUUUUCACAGAAAGUUUUGAUUUGGCAGAAGGUCCUCAAUAAUGUGAAUUCAGUUGGCGUAGUGCAGAGAGGCAUGAGGAGGCCAAGAAACACUGGCACCUUUACAGGCAUAGACUAAUGGAGAAACUAGCCUCAGUCCGAAAGCACGGUUCUGGACAUGGCCACCCGUUAUUUAUGCAGUUGACACCAUUGGAAAGCAAGGUGGCCAACCUGUUCAAACUGGAGUACAUGCUCAGGAGUCCACAGCAUGGUCUUCAGAGCCUAGGCAACAUGGACAUGGCAGGAGAAAAGGGCAGUGUGUGCGUUCAAAACGGAAGCAGCACUGGUGAUCAAGGCGUUGCUAGUUAUGGGCAGGGUGACUACUCUUACACCAAAGCUCCCCGUAACAUCAAAUUUUCCUUCGACGAAAACUGUGCUUUGGUACAUGAAGCUGUAGGCGUGUGGGACAGUAUUAUUGGCAAGAAUGCAGCUACUACCUCUCAAGCCCGUAAGAACUUUCUGUGGGCCAGGAUUGUAGAGGCAGUCAACGCAGCGGGAACCCAACCCCGAAGUGCAGAAAACUGCAAGAAGAGACUAAGAGAUGUUAAAAGACGUGUAAAGGCAAAGAUGGUCGACCAGCGCAAGUAUUUUCAGCGUAACAGCGGUGCUCCUGGCUUGGAGUUACAAUACCUGUCCUAUGAGGAAGAAUUAAUGCACGUCAUUGGCCCAGAUACUGUUCGACCGAUUGAUGGCCACGUAGACACAGAUCGGGAACCACGCAGAUCUGAGCCUGAAGACACCUGUGACGGGGAAGACUUCUGGAACCAUUCAUCAUUUGACAUGGCAGAAGAAGAAGAGGAGGAAGAUGAAAAAGAGAUGGUGGUGAAGACAGAACCUAUCGAUUACAGUGCUGAUGCAGUUCCACCUCCUGCGCAACCAUUUCCCGUUGUCCUGCAACCCGUACCGGUCACUACACAGCUCCCUUUUCCUUCUCAACUUCCUGUUCCUCCUCAACACCAACCAGUUUCUACUAAGUCAAUUGUCGAUACAGCCAAUCCUUCUUUUGUUCCCACUAAGCAUCCACCAGCUGUUACCAAGCCUCCUCCCACCGGUACUAAGCCAGUUUCACUUCCUAACAAACCACUUUCCUUUCCUGUCAAACCUCCGCCCGUUACCCACCAGCCUCCUCCUGCUACAAACACUAUGGGGCACCAGCCAAACGCAACCAGCGCAGGAGCUAUUAAUAAAGUGUUGGGGUCAUUUCAUUCAGUCCAACAUAACUAUCACCGAUCCCAAAGGCACCAGAUGCAUGUUAUACACAUGGACCUGUUACAUCUAGGCGUGGGUCUCCAACAACUGACUAAAAACAUCAAAGUCAACAACCAUGUCCGAGCUAUUGCACGGUCGAGAGAACUUCGGCUGAAACAAAAGGACAUGGAGGACCAUAGACAGUACAGAAUGGAAAAGUUAUGUUUGCUACAGAAACAUCACGAUGAAAAACAGAAGCUAUUACAGAAACACUUUGAAAGGAAGGAGACACUCAUGCAGGAGAACAACCAGCUUCUAAAGAGUAUUUUAUACCAGUUGUCUGAUUCUUCUGGGCCGUUCCUGGAAGGUCCUUCAAAAGCUGCAUCUCAAGAGGGUACACCGUUGUCAUCCACAAUGCAGCCAGUGUAUGAUGGUGAACCUUCACCUUCUGCGACCUCAGUCCGGAAUUUCACAAAUAAAAGUGGCAGGACAAGAGGUGGUAAAGGGAGAGGAGGAACGUAG